AAAAACUCAUUGUCAGGGGUAGUAGGAACCCGUUUAAAAGGAUGAAGGGAGGGAUCCAUUAAUAGCGUGACACCGUUCCCAUGGAGACACCACUACAUCCGGACGCUCGGUGGAAAAAAAAAGGUUUGUUUUGGCGAUAUCCUUAAACUAGUCGUUACGGUUAACUUACGAUAGAAAUAAUACAUCUUAAAUAUACAAAACCUACUGUGUAGCUAAAUACUAACGUGAGAAAGAGCUAAACUUUGAGUUCCGGUUAACCGACGCUAACUGGCGAAGAUAAAACAUGGACUCUGAGUAUAUAAAAAAACACCUGGGGAAAUGUCUGGCAGACGGACUCGCGGAAGUGGCCGAGCAGCGUCCGGUGAACCCCAUCCAGCAUCUCGCCCACUGGCUCUACAAGUACAACUCCAAUGUAGAAUACGAGGCGAAGAAAAGGGCCAAUUUGGCACUGCUGGAGCAGGAGCAGGCGAAAGCCAGAGAAGAGGCGUUGUACCAGGAGAAGCUGAGGGAGGAGGAGCGAAACAUCAGUGAGGCCUUGGAAGACUCUAUAAAAAUCUCUGAGAAGGAUGAUGCACCCACAUUAGCCACAACAGAAGCUGCUGAGGACAACAAACCUCUGACAGAAGAGAAACCAAACACCACUGAUCCUGGAAACCAGCAGGCCACAGAUGAAAAUCAAAGUGAAGCUCAGCAAAAUGACACUGAACCAGAGGUGAAGGUUACAGAUAACAUAAGCGGACCAGAGUCCCUGGAGAAAACACCUUUGGAGGUCCUCAACACUGAGGUCAAAGAGGAGCCCACAGAAGGACUUGUUGAAGAAGACGAAGUGGAACAGAGGAGCAAUCAAGCAGAAGAAAAAACAGAGGUGGAUCCAAGUGACAAUCAUGUAGAAGAGAAAACAGCAAGCACCAAUCAAACAGAAGAGAAAGAAGUUGACCAAGAUAAAAAGGUGGUUGAUGAAGCAGACACAGCUGAAUCUGAGCCGACUGAACCGUUAAACUCGACUCCCAGACGAGAUGCCGACAACUUAAAAAAAGACCAAACAGAAGAGCUGCACGACAAACAAAGCCCUCGGUCCCCUCGAGACACAGAGAAGGAGGCAGACGGGCAACAGACAACUGAGACCACAGACAGCUCGGCUCCUGCUGACAGCGAUCCAGUGCCGAGCGAGACACCACAAGAGGAGCCUGAAAACACGAACAUCCAGGAGAAGGAGGACGAACAAGAAGCCGACCAUACGUGAUCAAGUCAGUGUUGUUUCACAAUCUGUCAAGUUAAAUGAUUCCGUAGCUGCAGUAUGCAUGUAGUUUGAUAUAGAACGUGCAAAAAAUAAACAUUUCUCACCUAUUUAUAUAUGUUUGGUUUACUUCAGUAUCUCUCUGUGUUUCUGUAUGAUUCAACUCCUGCAGGCAAUGUGUGAAAUGUGUCAAGAGUUUUUUUUAAGUAGUGAUUAUAGUUCAUGUGACUUAUUUCCUGUCACAUGCACACAGUAGGCUACAAGUCAAUCUAAUAAAUCGCUUAAUUCGGGAAAUAAUGGAACAUAUUGCAACACUAUUGCAAUACCGAAGGACUUACCGAAGAUUUCCUAAUGUGACCUUUGAACUGAAGGUUGGGCCAACGCUGGUGCACAGUGGCUGUUUUGUAUUUAAUUUUUCGGUAUCUGCAGUUGUCUUACCGCAGCAGACUCGAUGACGGCGUCACUUAUCAGACACAGCUGCGUGUGAUCACGUCCGAUCAGUAUCUCGGUCC